AGAUAAAAUUCCAAGGCAUCUGUCAUCAUAUCUGUCCCCGCGCGCCUUCGUGCGGAGACUUUGCAAUGUACAGAUUCGUGCACGUCUCUGCGGAAACGACUGUGAGAAUUGACCCGCCCAGUUUCUGCUUCCCACUACUUAUAUGCACAUUCGCACAACAAAACGAGUAAUCUCAAGCUCUUCCUCUUCAAUGGCCUCUCCGUAUCCGAUCGCCACCGUGCGGCCACCGCACCUAGCUCCCCAACAACCGCCACCACCUCCGCCACCACCAGCGGCGGCGGCUGCAGCGCCGCCAUGGUCGCCGCCGUACGCAAGGUGUCGCACGGCCGACGCCCAUGAAAGGAAGGAGAGCGUGGCGGAGUCGGGCUGCCCCACGGAGGUGGCGGACACGGCCAUCCACGCGGAUCUCGUUGAAGAUGGCAGCGAUGACGACGACGGCUGCGGGAGCUGCGUGGAAGGAAGCCAAGGCAGCCGGGGGCAGGACGACGACGAACCUGCUGGGAGCGACAACUUCGUCUGGUGGCGCCAGCAGAGCAGCAGCAGCGCAUGUUUCUCAUGGGCACUUAACUCCGCCGGUAGAAAGACGACGCGGAACCACGCCGAAGAGAGGGACGACGACGGCGGCGACCCGAAGGCGGCGGUGGCGAGGCGCCAGGAGGAGGAUCGCAAGUUCUGGGAGGAGUGUCUCGGCUCGGGCUACCCCUGACGGCUGUUGCUACAGCAACGACGACAGGAAUGCGUGACGAAUUCAAUGGCGUGCCACCCGCGCAAUUGCGUGUGCGCCGUGCGCCGUGCGCGUGUUCUUUAAUUAUGAUAACCAUAACCAUCUUGAGCAACAAAGUUUGUGCUUUGGACGACGUUGCAAGUUGUAAUUUGGUGCGUGUGCAAGUGACCAGUGGCCUAGUUGCUCAGGAAGUUUGAUUUGUAGUGCGUGUGUCCAGAAACAGUACCGUUGUCUACUUGUCUGUACUCUUAACAAUUUUUUUCUCUUUUGUGACGCACUUACAUCCUACUCCGUACUUCUUUCUAGAAACACAUUACGUCUAGACUCUUAUAAAUGCUUACACACACUCAACCGCCCUAUAAAGGCAUGCACCUUCCACCUUUAUGAGCACCUCCCCGAGCCGAUGGUUUUUAGACAUUCUAAGAGCAUCUCCAGU